AUGGGAGAAUGCGAUGUGACGUACGGUUCAUACAUCAGCAGGAACGCGAUAACAUUCAAUGCGGUCGCUAGUGGAAAGUUAAUGCAAAUUGGAGACCGCUUUAGAGCAGUACCUUACAAUUUUAUCGAACUUUUGCAAGCCAUGGUGGAUAUUGAGCCCACGCCCAAACGAUUGGAGCCCCUUUUCGACUGUGUAAACUUACGGUCUAGCUAG